UGGCACAUCAUGUAUGAUCCAGUGGUGUCUUUGUCCGUGACGGCCGUCCAUACAUUCCACCGCCUGUGAUACCGGCAAGCCACUGCUGGCCACACAAUACUAAACAUGGUCAACCCAGCUUGCUCGCCAAAGGCCAUGUGCCUGCUCAGCUUGGUUUCACUAGGACUGACAGCUUCGAUCCCCAGGCAACAAAACAACAACGUGCUCAUCACGAUACCAGCAUCUGUGCCGUCGACUGCCUCAAGCCCUAUCAGCCCCAACUUCCCGGGUUUUGCCUUUGAACAGGCCUCCUGGGUCAAGUAUGCCCAGAACGGUCUCGGCACCACCAACAAUUUUACCAGGAACUUGAUCGCCUCUGUUACAUCUCGGACUGGCGGCUACCCCAUCAUCCGGCUUGGAGGCACGUCACCAGACUACGGCAAAUACAUCCCGUCUCAAGUCGAGCCCGCCCUGCCUGUCGCGGAACAAAACAACUUCCAGGAUGUUGGACACACAACUAUUGGUCCCAGUUUCUGGCCCCUCGCCAAGAACUUCCCCAACGCAAAGUACAUGAUCCAGGUGCCCCUGGCCGACACCAAUGUCAGUGAGGCCGUCGCCUGGACCAAGGCUGCGGUUAGCGCCAUCGGGCUCAACCAGAUUCAUUCGAUCCAGAUCGGCAACGAGCCGGAUCUCUACAGGAACGACUUUACUGGAGAGGGUGGCAUCUACCUGGGCCCUCCGCGAUACCAGGGCACGCUGGACAAUGCCACCUAUGUGAGCAUUUGGACAAAGUACGCAACUGCCAUUCGCAAGGCCGUUGCCCUGCCUGAUCGCUUCUUCACGGCGUUCGAUGUCGCUGCCCAUGUAGAAGAUCCGUCAAUGGCAUCGUGGCUGUUCGACGUCAAGACGUGCUUCGGGCUCGGUAUUGACGCUGGCAACAACGUCAAGGAGGUUUCUCACCACUACUACCAGAACGUCGCCGGCAAGGCUGCAGACCUUCAGGCCGGCCUGAUGACACUGAGUGUCACACACAGGAACUUGGAUUACCUGAAGCCGCGCAUCAAUUGGCUCAAGGCCAACCGCCCCAACAUCCCCUUCAUCAUCAACGAGUUGGGCAACUCUCUCUUCCGCACCAACAGCUACGAGUACCAGGCUCGCCUGGGUAGUGCUUUGUGGGCGGUCGACUUCUACCUCUACAGCAUGACGAUCGGCGUCGCAGCCAUCAACUACCAGCAGAUUAUGCAUUCCGGCUUUGACCUGUGGCUGGCAUGGAACAGUGCUGGCGUCCCGGCCCAGGUUUUUGCCAACUACUACUCCCAGCCGUUCAUUGCCGACUUCAUCGGUAACAAGGGCAAGGCGCGCGUCGCCAAGCUCAAUGCGGCCGGCGGGCCCGCCAACCUCGCGGCCUAUGCAGCCUAUGAGGACGGCGUGCCCAAAAGGCUCGCCAUUGCCAACCUCGAGUUCUGGAACUCGACGGCUGGCGGCCGCGCGCGGACAUUCACGCCCAUCACUCUCACAGUUCCCACGACCGUCAAGUCGGUCAAGCUCACCCGGCUUAAUAGCCCUUAUGGGGCCGGCGCGACAGCUGACAGCAUCGCGUACGCCGGCAGCCAUUGGCAGUUUGACAACCGCGGCAUCGAGAUCCAGGGCUGGCGCGCCGAUACUGAGAUCCUGACUGUCAACAAUGGCGCGGUCUCGUUUUUGGUGCCGUUCAGCUCGGCGGCCCUCCUAUACUUUUCAUGAAGGCGGCCCGGAUUGGCACCGCGAGCGUCACAUGAGGGCGUGCCACUGCUUGUGAUUGUGGCCCAGCAAGGCGUGGGCGUGGGUGUGCAGUACAUAUGCAUACAUACAGGCAUACAUACAUGCAUGCAUGUAUAUGCACAUAUAACGAUGACAUGACUCAUGAUCUAUAUAGAAGGCAUAAAUUAAUCCUAUAUCUGUAAGCAUUCUACAAGCAGUAACGGUUCCUGCUGGACGAUUUUUC